UAAACAAGUUAAUCAAUGGCUCAAUCAUGUUACUGUAAAAAAAAAUAAAAAUUUCAGAAAAGCUUUUGAUCAUCUGGGGUCUACUGCUAAAAAUCACAUUUACAAAUUGCAAGUUCCCAUCUAUCCAUCAUCAUCAUCACCAAUUAGAGCUCAAAAAUAAAAUUUUACAAAUCAAACAUCUCUGUCUCCCAUAAAAAAAAAAAAGAAUUAAAGAAAAAAUAUAUAUAAAUUCAAAACCAUGGCUGGCCUGACUAGCUCUAGCUGCCUUUUUUUCCUUUCUUUUUGGGUUUGGUUUGGUUGCCUUUUUUAUUAAGACGCAAAAGGGUUGUAAGAAAAAUUUGAACUUUGUGAAUAAAAGCAAAUUGCAAAGAGGAGAAUUAUAAAAAAGGGGGAAAUAAAAAGAAAGAAAAGAUGAGAUUUUUCUGGGCUGGGAAGAGAACAAAGGAAAAGACAGAAAGUGGACGUCAGAGUUAGCCGUAGGAGUGUGUGUGUGUGUGUGUGUGUGUGUGUGUGCAUUUUGCUAGAGUUUUGCAGAGUGAUAUCCUUCUUCCCCUUUCUUCUUUCUCAACCACAUCUCUAUCUCUCUCCUUAUCUCUCUCUCUCUCUCUCUCUUGCAGAAAAAAGAUGUACUUUUUUUUUUUUGUGUUGCCAAGCUCAAAGUUUUGAACUUGUUUUUUUGGUCUAGUCUAGUUUCCAUUUGUUCUUUUAUGCGUGGGUUAUAAUUGGAUUUUCUUGGUUUUGCCAAGGAAAAAGCCAUUGAAUCAUGGAAACUGUAGCCUGUAGUGGGUGAAAGAAAAGGGUUGUCUAUAUUGUCUUUCUCUCUUCUUUCUUUUUCUGUUUUUUUUGUUCUUUCUUUUUUCUUUGUUUUGUCAAAAAAACAAAACGUUGUCAUUUGGGUUGGUGCCAAACUUGAAGAGAAACCAACAGGAGGAAGAAAGCAAGCAGUUUUGUUUUUUGAAGGUUUCUAUGCCAACUUAUAUACCUGGAUUCUCUUCAUCACCUUUCUCUUUGUCCAGUUUCUCUUACCUUUCACUAGUGUUGUCUUUUAGAUCUCUCUCACACAUGAUGGAAACUUUAGAUUCUUAGGAAAAGUGUCUUAGUUUGCUGAUGUUAGCUUCAUCCUAUAAUCAAAUGAUGAAAAGUGGUAUGAUAUUAGCCCAACAACAGCAGCAACAACAUCAAACUCAGUCUUUUGUUUUGGAGGAAAACAUGUCCAAUUUGACUUCUGCUUCUAAUGAAGCAAGUGGAUCUUCAGUCAGCAGAAAUGACAACAGUUACCAACAACAACAACAGCAUCAAUAUUUUGCACCCCAAAAUCAACAAUCUCAAGUCAUCAAUCAACCACCACCUCAGCAGCCAGCUGCAGCAGGGAAAAGGAAGAGAAAUCUACCAGGCAAUCCAGGUCUUGUUAUAGCAUAAUAAAGAUUUAAUCUUUUUUGAAUGUCCCUUUUUCAUGGCUUAUGAUUGAUAUCUGAGAUUAAUGAAUCCUUGAAUAAUUGGUUCAGACCCUGAAGCGGAAGUGAUAGCUUUGUCACCAAAGACCCUUAUGGCAACAAACAGAUUUGUGUGUGAAAUUUGCAACAAAGGGUUUCAGAGGGAUCAGAAUCUGCAGCUACACAGGAGAGGUCAUAAUCUGCCAUGGAAGCUGAAGCAAAGAGCAAAUAAAGAUGUGGUAAGGAAGAAAGUGUAUGUGUGCCCAGAAACAAGUUGCGUCCACCAUGAUCCAUCAAGGGCACUUGGGGACCUCACAGGAAUCAAGAAACACUUUAGCAGAAAGCAUGGGGAGAAGAAGUGGAAAUGUGACAAAUGCUCAAAGCGGUAUGCAGUUCAAUCAGACUGGAAAGCUCAUUCUAAAACCUGUGGCACUAGGGAGUACAGAUGUGACUGUGGAACCCUCUUCUCUAGGAGGGACAGUUUUAUCACACAUAGAGCAUUCUGUGAUGCAUUAGCAGAAGAAAGUGCCAGAGGAAUAUCAUCUUCAUCAAUCAACAACAUUCCGGGCGGUGCCAAUCAUCAUCAACUUCUCAUCAACUCAUCCCAAUCUUCAGCUACAUCCCAUAGUACUAAUCACAAUGGAAACAACAACAUUAUCAAUCCUAAUAAUAUCCCUCUUCAACUUCAACACCACCAAUUGAUCAGCAGAAGCAGCCAAGAAAUGCCACCCCAUUUGUUCUCCUUGAAAAAAGAGCCUCAGACUUUCAAUUUAAGGCAUGUGGAAAUCCCGCCAUGGCUGGCAUGUUCUCCGGCCUCCGCCGCCGCCUCACCCGGCGGCCCUGGCCCACCACCACCACCACCAACAUCAACAAUGAAUCAAGAAUCAUUCCCAGAGUUUCUGGUCCCACCACCAAUGAGCAGCCAUGAAAACCCUAACCCUAGUAAUCUCAGAGGACCUAACCUUCCACCAUUUCAUCCAGCAGCUUCAUCACAUAUUUCUGCAACUGCAUUGCUGCAAAAAGCAGCCCAGAUGGGAGCAACCAUGAGCAACAACAACAACAAAACAGGGCAUGCCUUGCUGUUUGGGGCCCACCAGGGGCAUCACGUGUCUGCUGAUUCUGGCAACAACAACAACAACAACAACAACAACAAUAAUAGUACUUCUUCAGCAACAAAUGGUUUUGGUCUGAAUUUGUCCUCACGUGAUCAACAAGAGUUGGUCAAUGGGUUGGCUGCCUUUGGGAAUAAAGCUGCUGACUCUGCAGGAGGUGCAGGGAGUACAGGAGAUGGACCUCCUCCAGUGACUUCUCAUCAAUCUUUCCUUCAAGAUAUGAUGAUGGCUUCUUCUACUGGAUUUGGAGAAGGGUCAACUUUCCUAGAUCAUCACCAUCAUCAUCUAGGAUUUGGUGGGAUUUUCAUGAACCCGAAGAAAGAUUCAAACUUUAUGACUAAUUCCCCAUUUUCCAAGACUUCUGAUGCUGGUAAUGCCGGAAAUGAUGGCAUGACAACAAGGGAUUUUCUGGGUUUAAAGCCAAGUGAAUUUUUCAGCAUAGCUGAUUUAGGUAAUUGCAUGAGCGAUGCUACAAAGCAUCAUCAGGAUUCAAGUCAUCAUCAUCAUCAUCAUCAUGAUGAAGAAGAAUCAUGGGAGCAGCAAGGUUAGAAUUUGAUCAAGUUUUUGGCUGGCCUUAAUUAAUCUUUUUGGUUUAAGCAUCUGAAGGAUGAUCUCAUCAGACAAGAAAGGUUUCUUCUUUUUUUGGUCCAAAGAGAAGGGAAAAUAUGUUCAUAUUACUUUGGAAACCCUCAACUCUAUAUCUAGAUAGCUAGCAAAAGAAUUAAGCAGCUAGCAUUUUGCAUAGAUCUUUUGAAAGGUUAAUAUAUGCACUUAAUUCUUAUUACAUACUAGUUCGAUGUUCAAUUUUUGGAUCAAUCUCAAUGGCCAAGGAAAAAAGGAACUGUUCUUUUUAAUAUUAUCUAAUUCUAAAG